AUGGUUUCGUUCUACGAUCUCAAAGCAAAGAAGCCCAGCCAGGACGAAUACACGUUCGACCAGCUCAAGGGCAAAGUCGUCCUCGUCGUCAACACCGCCUCCAAGUGUGGUUACACUCCCCAGUUCGCGGAGCUCGAGGAGCUGAACAAGAAGUACGCUGAGCAAGGACUGCAGAUCAUCGGCUUCCCUUGCAACCAGUUUGCUGGUCAGGAUCCAGGGAACGAUGACGCCAUCGGAGAGUUUUGCCAGCGUAACUACGGCGUCAGCUUCCCCAUGAUGGCCAAGUCGGAUGUCAACGGAAGCAACACCAACGAGGUCUUCCAGUUCCUCAAGAAGCAAAAGUCUGGUAUCCUCGGUACAGAGAUGAUCAAGUGGAACUUUACCAAGUUCCUCGUCGACAAGGAGGGCAACGUCGUCGAACGUUACGGAUCCAACACUAAGCCUUCCGCCAUUGCACCGACCAUCGAGAAGCUUCUCUCCAAGUAG